AUGGCGGAGCGGGAGCACACGGGGUUGUACCAGACUGCUGAGGAAUGGCUGACAUGGGACAAGAAUCCUAAAACCUCUGAGUUGGUCAAGCAGAUGGUGUCAGAAAAGAACAAAGAAGAGUUGAAGAAAUGUUUUGGUGCCAGGAUGGAGUUUGGUACAGCGGGGCUACGGGCAGCAAUGGGCCCUGGGGUUUCUCAGAUGAAUGACCUGACCAUUAUCCAGACAACUCAGGGAUUCUGCCGAUACCUUGAAAAGAAUAUUGGUAAUCUGAAGGAAAGAGGCGUUGUCAUUGGCUAUGAUGCUCGAGCUCACCCAACAAGUGCAGGAAGCAGUAAGAGGUUUGCAAAACUUGCUGCUACAGCCUUCAUCAGUCAAGGUGUCCCCGUGUACCUUUUCUCCAGUAUCACGCCAACACCUUUUGUUCCAUAUGCAGUGAUACAUCUCAAUCUCUGUGCUGGAAUUAUGGUUACUGCCUCCCACAAUCCUAAGCAAGACAAUGGUUACAAGGUUUACUGGGAGAAUGGUGCACAGAUCAUCCCACCACAUGACACGGGUAUUGCUCAGUCUAUUGAAGAGAACCUAGAGCCGUGGCCACAAGCCUGGGAUGAUUCACUAAUUGAUGGCAGCUCACUUCUAAAAGAUCCAUUACAGUCUAUUAAUGAGGAUUAUUUUUCUGACUUACAGAAGCACUGCUUUCACAGAGACAUUAACAAGAGCACCAAGCUAAAAUUUGUGCACACGUCUGUGCAUGGCGUGGGCCACGUAUCCGUGCAAUCAGCAUUCCAGGCUUUCGGUUUCAACCCUCCACUUGCUGUCCCAGAGCAAAAAGAUCCAGAUCCGGAGUUUCCUACAGUGAAAUACCCCAAUCCUGAAGAGGGGAAAGGAGUCCUGAAAUUGUCUUUUGCAUUGGCGAAGAAAGAAGGUGCUCAAAUUAUUCUGGCAAAUGACCCUGAUGCUGAUCGGCUGGCAGUUGCAGAGAGGCAAGAAAGUGGCGAAUGGAAAGUGUUCUCUGGAAAUGAGUUGGGUUCUCUGCUAGGCUGGUGGAUUUUCACUUGCUGGAAGGAGCAGAACCCAGACCCGAGUGCAGUGAAAAAUGUCUACAUGCUAGCAAGUACAGUCUCCUCAAAGAUCCUCCGGGCAAUCGCUUUGCAUGAAGGUUUCCAUUUUGAGGAGACACUGACCGGAUUCAAAUGGAUGGGAAAUAGGGCAAAAGAACUCAUUGAUCAAGGAAAGACUGUACUAUUUGCCUUUGAGGAGGCGAUAGGAUACAUGUGCUGCCCUUUUGUCUUGGACAAAGAUGGAGUAAGUGCUGCUGUCAUUGCUGCAGAAAUGGCCAGCUAUCUGGCAACAAAGAACCUCACCUUGUCACAACAGCUGAAUGCCAUUUUCAAAAAGUAUGGAUAUCACAUUAGCAGGAAUUCAUAUUUCCUAUGCUAUGAUCAGACUACAAUCAAGAAUCUUUUUGAUAACCUGAGAAACUACGAUGGAGACUCUUGUUACCCUAAGCUCUGCGGUAAAUUUCAGGUUACAGGAGUGCGGGACUUGACCACCGGAUUUGACAACAACCAGCCAGAUAACAAAGCUGUGAGUCUUAAACUAUUAUAA